AUGAGGCCGCGCCGUCGAACAUACACGGCAGCAACAUCGCCGUCUUUGGUCACAGUGAAGCCCAUAGUUGAAGCAGUUUCCGUUCCAGUGUCCGAUUCAAAAAGAAGAAUAAGAAAGCUCCAAUCAUGCACUGCAAAAAAAGCUAAGGAUGGAUCGAAAAAGAAGAACAAGUGUGAUAUAGGAGGCUUGUGGGGGAAUCUAAUACCCUUAGAUAUCCUGCGGAAGAUACUGUCCGGCCUUGGAUUAAAAGCCAACAUACAAGCUUCCGCUGUCUGCAAGGCAUGGUGCGAAGCAGCUGUCUCUGUUCGCAAGUUUCAGAUUCUUCCUCCUCCUCUGCUUUUUAACUCACGAUACUCAAUGCAUAGUAAGGGGGACGCUAUCCCUUACCCAUUACGGUUUCCAACAUGUAAGCUCCAAUUCCCAGGGACGUUGCAUUGUUCCCAUAACCCCGCUUUUUCAAAGGAUUGUUGGGUGCUUUCGACUCAAGACCUGACACCACUUCUUCGUAACCCGUUUACCCGUGAGACCUUCUACUUACCCUGCACACGCAGCUUCCGUUGGUUAGCUUUCUCAGCCGCUCCUACAUCAGCUAGCUGUAUGGUGAUCUCGUACACCCAAAUUAACGCAACUGUUGUGGUCGAUACUUGGCGGCCUGGUGAAACCGUAUGGAUUACGUACUCGUUUGAGAACCAGUUACCCUUUCGCAUUUGGGGGAAAUGUGUCUUCUCCAAUGGCAUGUUUUACUGUCUCAGUACCUGCGGCUAUCUUGGGGUUUUCCAUCCGUCUAAAGAAGCCACAUGGAAUGUUCUUCCACUGAAGAAACCAUGUCCCGCCUUUGAUUAUUUAGAUAACUUUAACCCAGUGUUUAUGACGGAGCAUGAAGGAGACAUCUUUGUUAUUUAUACACACUACGACAACAGCAACCCAUCCGUGUUUAAACUAAAUUCUAAACGCAAGGAAUGGCAAGAGAAGAGAGAUCUUGGUGGCUUGACAAUAUUUACAAGUUUGCCUGCCUCUUUUGUAAGAGCUGGUCUCUCCACGGUGCAUAGGAACAAAAUAUAUUCUUCGUGUAUUGAUGAAUUUGAGCAAUAUGGCAUGUACUACUCCCUCGGUGAUCUCAUAAGCUCUGAUCCCCCUCCAACACACCGAGCGUCUUACCACCACCUUUGGGUGGAGCCACCUCCCAACAACAACUUUUAUUUGUGAUGCAUUUCUUUAUGUUUUGUAAUUUAUGCGUUACGAAUAAUAUUUGCUACUUUCACAAUGGUGCUACGUGUAAUUGUUUGGUUUGGAUGAUUUAAAAAUGAAUUAUCAGAAAUACUAUUUUUGAGAGACAUUGUUUCCCACAAAACAGAGCCUCAUAAUUUUGCAGGAAAUACACACAGUACAAUGUUAACCAAAUCAAAACUGGCGGGAAUCGAUACAACUGAAUCUUUAACGAAGAAGAAGAAGAAGAUGA